AUGAAGUUCACCGCGUCUCAAGUUUACAUCGCCAUCAUGGCCGCGACCGCUCUGGCCCUCCCCGUCGACGUGGACCAACAUCCCAUGGCAAGCGACAUCGCCCACGGGAGCCCCCCGGCCAAAAUUGCCACAAAGCAAGUGGCACCUCUGCCAGCGGCCCCAGCAAAGGUGGAAAGUUCGUCGUCGACGACAUCUGAGUCGGAUGACCUGCUGUCCGCCCUAAAGGCAAUCUUUAGCGAUGAGGAGAAAAUGCACAAGGAAGGCCUGGGGAAAGCGUGCUUCUGCGCCAACGGCUCUAUUUGCUGCAACACGGCAAAGGGCAUCGACUGCACACAAGGCCUGUGUGGAAUUUGA